AUGUUGGAAUCAACAAAUGGUAGGAUUUCUCUAACAUCUGAUUUGUGGUCUUCUCUGACUACUGAUGGGUACUUAUCUCUUACUGCACAUUUUAUUGAUGUGGAUUGGCGCUUACAAAAUAGAGUUUUGAACUUCUCUUACAUGCCAUCACCACACAAUGGUGUUGCUUUGACAGAAAAGAUUUAUACAUUGCUAACUAAAUGGGGGAUUGAAAAGAAACUAUUUUCAAUUACUCUAGACAAUGCUUCUUCAAACUGUUCAUUUGUUGAAUUGCUGAAGUCUCAACUCAAUUUGAAUGAUGCUUUAUUAAGUGGUGGGGAGUUUUUUCACAUUCGUUGUUGUGCACAUAUCUUAAAUUUGAUAGUGCAAGAGGGGUUAAAAGAGGUUGAUGAAUCUAUCAUAAAGAUUCGUGAGAGUGUUAAAUAUGUCAAAGGUUCUCAAAUGAGGAAACAAAAAUUCUUGGAUUGUGUCUCUCAUGUUUCCUUAGAAUGUAAAAGAGGGUUAAGGCAAGAUGUUCCUACAAGAUGGAAUGCGACAUAUCUUAUGCUUGAGUCAGCCAUUUAUUAUCGUCGGGCUUUUUGUCAUUUGCAGUUGAGUGAUUCAAAUUACAAGUUCUGUCCAUCUCAAGAAGAGUGGAGUAGGAUAGAAAAGAUUUACAAGUUCUUGACUGUUUUUUAUGAUGUUACAAACAUCUUUUCUAGAUCCAAGUAUCCUACAGCAAACUUGUAUUUUCCAUCUGUGUUUUCGGUUCAAUCGACAUUGCGAGAGGAAAUGGAUAGUAAGGAUCAGUUUAUGAGCAAGAUGGCAACUCAAAUGUAUUCAAAGUUUGCAAAGUAUUGGUCUGAUUAUAGCAUGAUUCUUGCUAUUGCUGUGAUUUUAGAUCCUAGAUACAAGCUUGGGUUUGUUAUUUUUAGCUAUAACAAGCUUAAUGGUGAUAACAACAUUGAGAGCACACUAGUUCGUGAUGCAUUGUUUAACCUUUUUGAUCAAUAUUUGUUGAAUUCUCCUAUGGCUUGUACCACAAAAUCCACAUCUUCACCAAAUGAUGAAAGUGGGAACCGGCAAGUUGAUGAAGGACAGUUAACUAAAAAGUUCAUUGAUGUUAUGAAGGAAUUUGACUCAUUUGAGAAUGAUAAAUUGCUUGGAAAUGCCCAAAAAUCAGAGUUGGAACUCUAUUUAGAUGAACCAAAAAUCAAUAGGAAUGCGAACCUUGACGUGCUUACCUAUUGGAAAGCCAAUCAGUUUAGUUGCUUCUGA